AUGAAUUCUCGUUCAGAUAUAUCACUGACACAUCAUUUAAAUGAAUCAGCAAAAUCUGCUCGUGAAACACAACCAGCGAGAAAUUCAUCUGAUAUUGAAUUAGACAAAUUAGCAUGUGAUUUUUCUCCAUUUAUUUUUCACCAAAAACAUAAACUAUUUUCAAUAGCUUUAGUCAAUCGUUUACCAUAUCGUAAACCUGGACAUAUCGAUAUAGCUAAUCCACAAGAUGCUGCAUGGAUAGGAGCAUUUCGUUAUACAAAAAAAUCUAUAUUUAUUCAAUCACCUACAUUAAAUGCAUCACCAGCUAUUAAUGGAAUAAUAAUUGCAUGUAAACGUAGAACAAUGGUAACAUUAUGGCUUAGUUUAGGUUUUAAUAAUUUAACUGUAGGAUUUGAAACACUUCAAGAUGGAACAAAUGAACAUGUCGUAAAAAAAACUUUAUAA